AUGUCAAUUAAUAGUAGACCAAAAAGAAAAGCUACUAUAAAUAAAAAUUAUAAUGAUCCAGAUGAUAAUUUUAUUGAUUCAGAUCAAGAAGAAGAACAAGAAAAACAAGAAAAUCAGGAAUUAUCUACUGCUAAUUCAUCAUCAACUAGUAUAAAUUCAACGCCAACUGCUACAGAAGGUAGAACAACAAGAAGGUCAACAGCUGCUGCUGCUGCUGCUAAAUCAAAUAAUAAAAAAUCAAAAGAAAACACGAAAGGUACUUCUCCUGCUGCUCCUGCUGCUCCUUCUAAACCCCCAUUACCUUAUAAUUGGCAACCGCCAAUAACACCCGAAGAUUAUUUUUCAAAUAAAUUAGAUUUAUCAGAUGCGUACAUUGAUUUAAAUUUACAAAUUUUAUAUUGUCCAAACCAAACAAUAAUAACAAACAACUCCACCAAUAAUAAUAAUAAUACUAGACGGAAGAAUAGUAAGUCUGUUUUUUCAUUAUCUAAAGGUCAAUAUAUUUAUCUUAUUUGUGAACCACCUGGAGAUCCGUAUUAUGUAGGUAGGAUUUUAGGGUUUAAACAUAAAAAUCAUCAUGGUGAAACAAAAAAGCCUAAGAAUAAUAUAGUAGAUGCAAAAGAUUAUGAAUUCCAAAUUCAAUGGUUUUAUAGACCUCGUGAUAUCUCCAAAACAACAUCAGAUUCAAGAUUAUUAUAUUCUUCAAUGCAUAGUGAUUCUUGUCCAUUAAUGAGUUAUAGAGGAUUGGUUACAGUUAAACAUAAACAAGAUAUAGAAGAUGAAUAUAAUAAAUUACAACCAACCACCACCACCGCCAAAAGAAACACCAAUAAUAAAAAAUCAUCAUCACCAUCAGUUUCACCAUUGGAAAUAUAUACAUCACAACCAAAUUGUUUUUAUUUCAAUCAGUUAUUUGAUCGAUACAUGAUUAAAUUUUAUGAUGUACUUUCCACAAUCAAUCUCAUGCAAUAUUCAACAAAUGAUUCCAAAUCAAGGAACUUUUUAAUUGCUAUACAUAAACGAUUUGAAUUCAUUUUUGUAGAAUCAACAAGAACAAAAUCAUUAAUUAAUUCAUUUCUGGCUGAUUCUUGUAAUUGUGAACUUUGUGGCUUAUGGUGUGUCAGUCAAGAUUCAGUAAAUUGUAUUGAAUGUAAUAAUUAUUAUCAUAUGUAUUGUUUAGACCCUCCAUUAUUGAAAAAACCAAGUCGUGGAUUUUCUUGGAGUUGUGCUACAUGUACGAAAAAACAUGAGAUUGAAUAUCAUCAAAAGAAGAUACUCAUGUUAAGUCAUGAUAAUAAAUCUCUGAAUCAAGAUCAAUUAAACAAUGAAUUAAAUGCAUUAAGUUCAUUAGAAGAAGAGACUGGGAAUUUUAAUGUAUCAGAUGAUCAAUCAUUACCAAAAUAUGAAAUAAUGGCUACAUUAUUCCUUGAAGAAGAUAAAGAAAAUAGUAUUGAACAGAGGAGAAUACUUGAAGAAUGGCCAAUGAGGUAUUUAGGUGUGAAUGCAAGAUUAGAAGAAGGUGUUGAUUUAACUGAUAAAACACCAUAUCCUAGAGCUUCUACUAGAUUAGGUGCUAAACAUCAAGCUGUUUAUAUACCUGAAUGUAAUGGACAUCCAAUUGUAUAUUAUGAUGUUGAAGAUAAAUCUCCCAAAAAAAAAAUAACAAUAAAAGAUAGGAAAAAAACAAGAGAUAAACAAGAAACAAUAAAACAAUUAAAAGUACCUGAAGAAUAUAAAAAUGUUGAUCCAAAAGAUUAUCCGAGUUGGUUGCAACCUCGUCCAAAGGGAUAUACUGAAAGAGGAGUAGAUGACGGAGAUGGAGAUACAGUUACAUUAUUAUGGAAAACUUCUGAAUUGGAUAGAGAAAAUCAUUUUGCAAAUUUAAAUCAAUACAUCCAAAAAUGUAAAUCAAUAGCUGAAAAUCUUGGAUUAUCUCCAAAUUCACCAAAUUUUUAUGAUGCAAUCUUAUUAAAUUAUAUGAAAUUUAAAGGAGAUAUAGAAAUGGCAUAUCUUGAAUCAUCGGCAUUGACAAAAAAGAAAUUACACGAACCUGUAUUUACAAAAGAAGAAGUUAAGAGAUUUGAAAAUGCAGUUAAAGAAUUUGGAUCAGAGUUGUAUCCCGUUUACAGUAGAGUUAAAACACAACCAAGUGCCAUGAUAGUUAGAUUCUGGUAUCUUUGGAAAAAGACAAAAAAUGGCGCAUUAAUAUGGGGAAAUUAUGAAGGAAGAGUCAAAAAAUCAAAAGUACAAAAUAAAACAAAAGAAGAAGAGAAGAAAGUGGUGGUCAUUGAUGAUCUCGCAAAUUCUAAAGAUGAUUCUUCAUUUGAGAAUGAGAAGAUAAUAUCUCAAAAGAAGAAAUUUAAUUGUAAACAUUGUAAUACUCAUUCUUCAAUCCAAUGGUAUAGAAUUACAGGUAUCCAAGAUUCAAAGAAAUUAAAAGAUGAAAAAUUUGUUUCUGGUUUAUGUUUUAGAUGUGCUAAAUUAUGGAGAAGAUAUGCUGUUAUAUGGGAAGAUCCAAAUGAAGUUCAACGAAAAUUGAGUAAUAAUAAAUAUAGUGGAUGGAAGAAAAAAAUUGAAAGUGAAUUAGUUAAUGAUUCAAAUAGGAUAUUGGCAUAUGCGGAAGAAAAAGGAAUGAGUUUAAAUUAUGAUAAAAUCCAAGAUGGAGAUACUAUAAUUUCUAAUAAGUUGCCUAAACCAGUUGAAGAAAUAAUGAAAAAAGAAAAUAAAAGAAAAUUGGAAGAAACUGUUUCAACUCCUAAGAAGAAAACAAAAGUCAAAAAGGAAGAAGAACCUAAAAAACUGAAAAACAAACCGGGUCCAAAGCCUGGAGUACCUCGAAUACCAAAAAAUGUAACCAAAGUAAUUGAUUCAACAGGUAGAAAUGUAAUGAAAGUUGUAGGUACAGAUAUGAAACCAAUUGAGAUAGAUAUGGGUAUAUUACCUUAUGAUUAUGAUGUAAUGGAACUAGAAACUAAAGAAAAAGUAAUAGCACCAAUUUUAGAAUCUUCAAGACCAAUCAAAAAUGAAAAAGUAUAUGAAUUGAUAUUUAACAAAAAUUAUAAAACACCAAACUUACAGAAACUAAAAGCAGCUCCUUCUGGAAUAUCAGCUGAUUUUGUCGAUGAGAUGGUUAAAUCGUUCAGAAUUAAUCAAUUAGCUGACGUAUAUUCGAAAUUACAAAUUAAGAAUCAAAAUUUAUCAAUUGGUUUACCAUUCUCACAGAAUAAAAGAAAAUGUAGCAUAUGUAGAGAAGAUGAUCAUAAUCAAGAUUCAAUUAAUGAGAUGUUGAUAUGUGCUUCAUGUGGAGUUAAUAUUCAUUCAUCAUGUGCUAAUUUGAAUAUAAACAAACGAAGUCAAAGAGAAUGGGUUUGUGAUUGUUGCAUAAAUGAUAUGAAACCAAUUAAUUCAUGUAAUUAUAAUUGUUGUUUAUGUUUAGCAAAUGAAACGAAUUAUGAACUAUCAAUCACUGGUAAUGAAAAAGUUAUUCCAGAUUAUUUGAAACCUAUUACAAAUGGGAAAUGGUGUCAUUUGAGCUGUGCUAUGUUUAAUAAUAAUAUUUUAUUCAGAAAGAAAGAGAAUAAAUUAAUAAUUGAAGAUGUUUCUAAGAUAUUUAUAAAUAAUCAUGACAUUAAAUGUGGAAUAUGUGAUUCAUAUAAUGGAAGUUUAAUAAAUUGUGAACUUUGUGAUAGGAAAUUCCAUAUUACUUGUGCCCAAGACAGCCCAAACUACAAAAUAGGAUUCAGAUUAAUAAAUGGUAAAGAAGUAGAAGUAGGUGAUAAAAUCGGGAAAUUGAAAUCAGUAUUAAUAUGUCCUAAUCAUCAAAAAAAUGUUUUGAACUUGAGAACAAUGGGAAGAAGAACAAGCAGUCGAUUAGAAAAACCAUUGAUUCAAUUAUAUUUAGAAGAUUUACUAAACAACAUCCCAAAGUAUAUUACUUCAGGAGCUAAUUUGAAAUCAUUGAUAUAUGCAGAGAAUUGUAAAUUAUUAAAUGAAGACAAGGUAUCCAAAAAAGAGAAGUUGAAAGAAUGUAUUAAGUGUAAAUCUGAUAUGAGUCCAAUGUGGUGGCCUUCUGUAAAUGAUAUUGGUGUUGUUUGUCAAUCUUGUCAUUUCGAUAAGAAUAGAAAUGUUAAUGUUGAUGAUGAUGAUUUGAUUCUGAUGUCUCAGCCUAUUAAUGGAGAAAAUUACGGGAUUAAAAAUUCAAAUGAUUCUGUUGUUAGUCGAUUUAAACCUAAAUUGGAAUUAAAGAUUACUCAACAACAAUUGGAAAAUUUGAAUAAAUCUAGUGCUAUAAAGUAA